AGGGCCAGAGCAGCAAUGGCGUGGAGGUCGAGCUUGGGUUUGGGAAAGAUCGUGCCCCCCGCCGGCUUCCUCCUCCACGGCCGUGCCGCCGUUCCCAGGACCCCCUUUCUCCGAGAGAGGAGUGUGAGGGGGAGGCGCGGCCUCUCCUUCUCGGUCUCGUCCUCCAAUGGUGCAGCUGCACGGUCCCCGUUGAGCGACUCGGAGAAGAAUGGCCCUGUGGUGAUGGAGAUCCUACUAGAAGAUAUCAGGAGGCCACUAAUGCGAAUUCGUGCCAAUGAUCCUGCCAAGGUGCAGGAGCUCAUGGACAGCAUCAGUGUCAUCGGUCUCCAAGUACCCGCGGGCACCUUUCCCUUUAAAAUUCCUUUUACCACAAGUGUUGUUUAGCUGUCUGUCAAAAUAUAGGUGUUUUUAGCUGAUGUCUCAUGAUAUUGUAGGAAAUUCUGUCAAAUUAGAUUUUUCUUAUGUGGAAUUGAGUAGUUGUGAACAAAGUUGUAGCACAACUAAUGAGCGAUAAAUCCACAUCUACUGACUCCAGUGAUGUCCCCGUGGGCACCUUUCCCUUUGAAA